AUGGGUUUGAGGAUCACUCUUUAUCUUCAUCUGCUGUUCAUAAUCAGCAAAGCUGCUUCCAGAAAAGGUGUAAAAUGCGGAGGAAUCCUCGCCCCUACCUCCAGCGGCAACAUCUCCAGCCCGAAUUUCCCAGGUCUUUACCCGUACAGCGUCGACUGCUCCUGGCUGAUCGUGGUGUCCGAGGGUUCUUCCGUGCUCCUGACGUUCCACCACUUCGAGCUGGAGUACCACGCUGACUGCGCCUACGACUACAUCAAAAUCUACAAUGGCGUCUCGGAGGAUGAGGGGAACCUCCUGGGAAAGUUCUGCGGAGACGCCUCGCCUCCUCAGUUCAGCUCCUCGUGGAACAUCAUGUCGAUUAUCUUCCACUCUGACCGGCACGUGGCUCAUUCGGGCUUCCUGGUGGGAUACAGGAAAGAUACGUGUGGCGGCGUGUUGACGGGACUCUCGGGUGAGAUUUCCAGCCCAGGGUAUCCUCACGAGUACAGUAAUAAUGCCGAGUGCUCGUGGACGAUUCACGUGUCCAACCGCAGCACCGUCACUCUGGUCUUCCUCGACUUCCAGCUGGAGAAUAACGAAGGCUGUAACUUUGACUACAUCGCACUGUUCGACGGUCCGACAGUGCAACACCGUCAUAUCGGGAACUACUGCGGGAACGAGCGGCCGCCAAACACCGUCUCCACGUCCAAUCAGCUGCUGAUCGUGUUUAAGUCAGACUUUAAUAUUGGAGGAAGAGGAUUUAAGGCUCAUUAUUACUCGGGUGAGUGCCAGCAGGUGCUGAAAGCCAUCAGCGGGAACUUCAGCAGCCCCAGUUACCCCAACAUCUACCCCAACAACAUGAAGUGCCACUGGCGCGUGGUUUUGCCCCCGGGCUACAGGGUCAAACUCUUCUUCCCGGUCAUGGAUCUGGAGGAUCAGAACAGCCUGACCGACGCCUGCGAUUUUGACUCCGUCGCCGCGUACGAUGGCGAGAGCGAGAGCGAUGUCCUGCUGGGACGCUGGUGUGGCGCUGAACGGCCUCCACCCGUGACCUCCAGGGCAAACAAACUGCUGGUGGUCCUCAACACGGACCGGAACAUUGCGUUCAGCGGUUUCUCGGCUUCCUACAUGGGAGUGGUUCCAGUAAACGUGAGCUGCACCAGAACCGAGUUUCAGAUCCAGAUCUCCCAGCAGGCUUUGCCCCAGCUGGACCGUGACAGCGUGUACCUGGGGAACCCGUCAUGUUCGGCCCAGAUGACGGCGUCGAACUACAAGAUCCUGGCUCGCUUCGUCAACUGUGGAACUGCGAGUCAGAAACGUCACAACAUCACGGUGCUGGUGAACACGCUCUAUAUCGACUUCUCGGACGGAAAGCAGCAGAGCGUUCAGGAGUACGAGGUGCGGUGUGACGCACAGAGGAAGGUGGCGCAGAUCAGCAUCAUCUCGGCCGAGGAUCGGAUCCGGAUGAACGAACUGGCCCGACUCGCCGAGGAGUCCAAGAGCCAGGAGAGCGCGCAGAGAGCCGAGCCUGAAGCUCACGAGACCAGCGACAUCGUCUUCAUCAGCGUCUGCGUGCUGGCUGUCAUCCUCAUGCUCAUCGCCAUCGUGUGGCUCGUGCUCCUCUAGAGACUCGAACAGAUGCCUUCUGGUUUCAACGUUCGUAAAUCUGACACUCAGAGAACCACA